AAGGCUGCUCUUCAGCUCCGGAGGUGCCAUCCCGGGCCGUGACUCCGCUCCAGGCGGGACCCCCGACCUACCCGGCGCGCUCCGCCUGCGACCCAACGCGCGGCCGCCCCCAGACCCGUUGCCCGCGCCGCGCCGGAGGCCCGCGCCUCGACGGACGCCCGCGCCCCGCUCCCACGCCCUCGCGCGGCGCCCCCGACCGCGGAGGGCUCCCCGAGGUGCGGGCGGACGGGGGCGCUAGCCGCUCAGGCUGCCCCAGCCUACCUGGCUCACCGCCACCUCCCCUGCAGCCCUGCCCGCCAUGGCCCGGAUCCCGACGGCAGCCCUGGGUUGCAUCAGCCUCCUCUGCCUGCAGCUCCCGAGCGUGCUGUCCCGCAGCCUGGGCGGGGACCGGCGUCCCGUCAAACCCAGGGAGGUCCCAGUCCGGACUUCCAGCGGCCUGCAGCCCCGUCACCCCGCAUCCCGACCUGUGAUCUGGAAUCUUCACCAGCCCCUCCAGCCACAAAGGGGUGCCAGCCUGGCCCUUGCUAUGGGUCAGCCUCUCCGAGAUGGUGGUCGCCAACACUCGGGCCCCCGAAAACACUCGGGCCCCCGCAGGCCCCAAGCCCAGCUCCUUCGGGUGGGCUGUGUACUGGGCACCUGCCAGGUGCAGAAUCUCAGCCACCGCCUGUGGCAGCUCAUGGGACCGGCUGGCCGGCAGGACUCAGCUCCUGUGGACCCCAGAAGCCCUCACAGCUAUGGCUGAGGUGGGGCUGGGCCACACCGCUGCCCAUCCCAGCCAGGGUGCUAUGCCCCCGUCCAGAGCUGCAGGUGGGCCCCAUCCCCAGCUCAGUCCUUCAGAGCUGCAGACAGCAGGGCCUGCAGCAAGAAUACCUGCACAGCUUUGCACACAUAAACCCUUGCACACGUGUAGACCGAGGCUGGUCUACAUGCAGUGCUGGUACGUCAAGAAGCCUGAACACCCUUAAAUUGUGAGCACUCAGGGGACGGCUGCCAGACACAGCUGGUGGCAGCACCAGAUGCUAAAAAGACUUCCGAGACAUGGAGCUGAAGCCAGGCCCUGAACACACAGGGCCACCCCUGGGCCAGCAGGGGAGAGAGGCUGAAUUGGCCGGAGUCGCCCCUCCACUGCUGGUCCCAUCAGACUGAAGCCCGGCCUUGUGCCUGGGCUGUUCCUGCUCUCAUGCAUGACCAGCCCUUCCACAUGCCUGCCUGGCCCAGGGUCCCAGCCUCUUCCUCCCCAAGUCUUUGGGACAGGAGGGGAGUUGGGUCAGGGAUGUUGUGGCCCCUGGGAUUGGGUGAGGGGAUGGUGGCCCUCCAGAUGUCAUGAAGGGACCUCCAUGGCUCCAGCUGCCAACUCUGGAGCCCAGACUGAGGUGGCCAUGGAGACCCCACCUGGAUGCCCUGUGGGAGGCCAGGGAGGGGACCUUAGAAGUUCAGGAGCCACCCCAAGCCAUUCUGGGACAGGGACACCCCUUCCUACACCAGUACAGGGCAGGGCUGGGUAGGGCACGUUCCCCCAGCCCAAAUAGACCCACCUCACCUCAAGGGGGUGAGACCCUUGUUGGCAGCCAGACGAGGGUGGGGCUCCACAGGCAACACAGGCCCCCCACCACCACCCGGUGUGGGGAACCAGUGGGACCAGGUGUGGGGGCAGCAGUCGACUUGCCAAGAGCCAAGGAGGGCAGCCCCACCCCAAAUGACAGCAAGAACAAAAACCACGGCCGUUCUGCCCGGGGGAGAUGGGCAGCUUACACUGUGUGCCACUCAAGCUUCCCAUUCAUCCAGCAGAAUCUGGAGUUCAGAAAGGGUUCCUUCUGCUACUAGGCAAAUGCUCAGCAUUUAAUUUGCAAAUGUUUGCUAGGGUCACCCUCUUGGCCAUCCCAUGAGGGUCACCAUGAUCACCCCAGUUCUAGAGGCCGCAGCACAGGGCUCGGGACAUUCCCCCACAGAGCUACCCCUCAGCUCUUGCCUCAAAGUGGGAGGGUCCUGGCCGAGCCCACCCAGAUCACAAGGUCAG